AUGGCUGCGCCCGAUAAGGUUCCCAGUGGGCUCCAGCUGGUUUUCGGGUGUGUUGGAGCUCGCGUCAAGCACUUCAUCCUCUACGAUGGAGCCGCCCGCGAGCAGCGUGUAUAUAAUUCAGGGGGAAAUGACAAUAAUAAUGACAGCAAUGCGGCGGACGCCAAUGUGGUCAUCACAGACUCAACAGGUGAUGCUGCCCAGGAAGGACUUCUGAAAUCGUUCUACGAUCUCGGCGAAUCCCUCGUUUUCGUAGAAAAUUUACAAGAAUUGGAUCCGAACAUGUUUCUUGGCCCAUUCCUUGACGUGAUUCGUUCCGAAGAUACUACUGGGCCAGUGACGGGAUUGGCGCUAUCGUCAGUCAACAAAUUUUUGUCGUAUGGCAUGAUCAAUCCAAAGAACGAAGCAUCGUCUUCUGCUGCCGUUCAACAUAUUGCGCUGCGACAAUGCGUGCGGUCUAAGCAACCGUGA